GCCGUCAGUUUUAAAAAUGAUGGGCUUUAUACAUGCAACUUCUGCUGGUAUGUUACUCUCACGUGACUCACUCGUGACAUAGUACUCUUCGUCCCUCCUCACAGAAAGCUUUUGGCGGUUGCUCAGACAUUUCAACUUUUUAUCCCGCGCCAUGUUCUCCUUCUAGAAAAACUGUGGCUGAAGGCCUGCACUCAAAAAUCAAGGCAUUGUUGUCGGAACGGGCUAGGCACGGAUUUUCCGGAGAGAUGACCGGCGAAAACGAGGCGGGGAGUGCUAUCUGUUCCAUCUGCUACGAAGAUCUCAAACCGGUGGUCGAGAAUCUGCAAUCGAUCUCCGCCUGUGGUCACGUUUUUCACGAACUAUGUUUGCAGCAAUGGUUUGAGUACUGCCCGGCUACGAACAAGCGAAAUUGUCCGAUUUGUAAGCAGAAGUGUCUUCUGAAGGAUCCUUGCCGACUUUAUUUUCAAUCUUCCGGGAAUCAAAUCGAUUCGAAUUCCUCGCGGAAGGUCGGUGAAAUCGAGGAAGAUCCGGCGUUGUUGAGAGGAGAAGUGAAGCGGCUCGAAGGGAAGAUACAGAACCUUACUUCGGCUCUCGAGGGGAAGAAAAAAGAGAAUGUUGAAGUCUCCGAUCAGUUGCAUCAAUGCAAGGAACAACUGAAGGAGGACAAAGUAAAAAGGUGGGAGGCUCUGCAAGAAAUAUCAACGACCCAGCAUUUGCUGAAAUUGAAAUCCGAGGAAUGUGUUCAGCUUACUUCCAAGUGUUCUGAGCUACAAGACAAAAUUAUGGCUCUCGCCAAGGAGCUCGCAGCGCUUAAAUUGGUUUCGGACAUAAGCUUGGAGGAAGAUGAUGUUCUGAAGCUAGCCUUGUUGGGGAAUAAUGCUAAGACAAAAGAUACAAUAGACACACUAGUCAAGUCCUUGGUUAUCCGAAAUAGGAGUUAUAAGGAGUUGCUAGCCAAGUGCAAUCAGCUGGGCAGAGGCGAAGCUCGUUCAUCUGAGAAACUUGAAAAAGCUUUGGAGAAGAUAGAUAGACUAAGGAAGCGAGUGAGGGAACUUGAGAUGAUAACCGAAGAGAGUGAGAACAGAGCUUUAAGGGAUAUAAAAGUUUCAAUGAAAUGCAGUGACAGUGAAGUUUCCAAGCCUGCAAACGAGAGCGUGGUUUCUUUCAGAAUGCGUCCAUCAGGCAACAUAGUGGAGAAAAUCUCUUCACCACUUGGUAAGUUAGAGAAGAAUGAUGGCUUCACCAGUCAUGGAUCAUGCUUAAAGGGAAUAGGAAACUCUCUUUUUGGCAAACCGGAGUCGGUUAUCGAGGUAGAUGAUGAUGUUCCUGAAAGUGAAACCACCAUUUCUGGCAUCAGACAUUGGGAUUCUAAUAUGAAAGACCAGAAGGGUGAUGGUAACACUGUUGGAGAGAAAUGUGAUAGUCCCAUGAUCAAGGAUAUAAAGUUUAACAUCAGAGAAGAGCCGACAUCAUCAGUCUUACCUCGCAGCAAUGGUGGUGCUGGAGACAUUUUGCAGUCAAAACAAAAUCUCGGAAGAUGGAGCAAACAAGGAGAGAGAAACGGAGCAAUUCCUUCACUAGGAGGCUCAGUCUCAGGCAAGGAUGAUCUGAUCUCUGUUGGACCUGAUGGUAAAGGUGGAAGAAUCAAAGUAUUGAGAUCUAAACCCCAAUUCUCUAACGCCAAUGCAAGCUCAGGAAGUGGUAAGAGAUUCAAGAUUGGAACUAAAACAAGUGGUUCGUCGUCUCAAGGGUGUCUGCAGAUCGAACAUUUUUUUGGAAAACCCAAUCGCUAACUUGUUGAAGUCUCUGUAUGAGAGAAUGUGAACUUUUUGGAAGAAAAAAAAAUGACAGAGAUCAGAUCAUCCCUGCCUGAAAAACUAGUGAAAUUCCAUUGUGCAAGUGUGUGAUUUUGUGGUAAGGUUAGAUAGACCGUAGCGUCAAUGUAGUUUUUCACAAAAUGACAUAACUUCAAUGGCAAAGGGAGAAACUAAGACAUGAGAAAAACAAAUGUCUGAAAACUCAAGUCAUCAAAUGACAGAGGAGUUCCAGUGGCCGACAAGUACAACUCUGCCUUCUCCUCCUCCGCUAAAGCAUCGACCUCUCUACUCUUUUGCCGACGAACAUCCACUGAAUAUUUCAGAGUCUAACUCAGAGCCACUUGCCUGACAACGACUCGUCAAAUGCCACUCUCAGAUUAUGCAAGAAGAGAUUACUUUAUCAUUAAGCCUCAUAUCCAUGUGACCUUUGGUAUCAAACUCGUCUUAGCCAAAUAUAUAAUAGCAUGAAGUCGAUUACAUGACGAUUUUGUGCUUGCAGAUAAGAUAACCGUUGAUUCUAAAGUGAUUAUUCACUUUUUGCUAACGGCGUCAGUGGCAGUAGGAUCAUAACACGUGUUCGACCGAAAUGUUGGCUGAGAAAGGACCAAUGCGAAACGCAAAAGCUGUAUCGAAUUUUAUCCCAAAUCGAAUCUGAAACGCAAAAAAGCAAAUUGCUGUUUUCGAGCUCUUUCUAGCUCUAUCUAUGGUGUCUGUAAACCCCAGACCUGCUGCUCAGGGUUUCCCAUUUUUCGAUCCCGUGAAUAUGAGUUUACCCGGGUUCAAUUCGCCGGCGCCGGGCUCCGAUGAAUUUGGUUUGGCUCCGACUGCUACGACGCCGCUCACCGGACGGAGCAAUACGCUGUCGUUUUCUGAGGAUCCGGCGACGAAGAUUCGGAAGCCAUACACAAUUAAGAAGUCGAGAGAGAACUGGACUGAGCAGGAACACGAUAAGUUCAUUGAAGCUCUCCACCUAUUCGAUCGAGAUUGGAAGAAAAUCGAGGCAUUCGUUGGAUCAAAGACAGUGGUCCAGAUACGUAGCCACGCACAGAAGUACUUCCUCAAAGUUCAGAAGAGCGGUGCUAACGAACACCUUCCACCUCCACGACCAAAGAGGAAAGCCAGUCAUCCAUAUCCUCAAAAGGCUCCUAAAAAUGCUGCUUCGAAUGCACCUUUGCUUGAACCUGGUUUCUUGUACAACUCUGAUACACAGUCAUUGCUGGGAAACCCGGCCGUCUGUGCGUCAAGCUCUUCUUCUCGGAAUCAUGAAUCAACAAAUCCACCAAAACUUGUGAUCGAAGAGGAACCGGGAGUUUCGGCCACGGGUCUCCGAAAGAAUCGCUGCUACAGCACUAGUAGUGAGGAAGUUACACGGAGGUUACGAGCGGUGACGGAGCCGAAUGAUGGAGAAAGUUGUGAAAAGCCACAUAGAGUGAUGCCCAAUUUUUCUGAAGUCUACAGCUUCAUUGGAAGUGUCUUUGAUCCCAACACAUCAGGUCACCUCCAGAGGUUAAAGCAGAUGGAUCUAAUAAAUAUAGAAACGGUGCUUUUACUGAUGAGAAAUCUGUCUGUAAAUCUGCCAAGUCCCGAGUUCGCAGAAGAAAGGAAGUUGAUAUCAUCUCAUAGGACUAAAGUUUUGAAAUCGAGAUUGGAAAAAGCAACAGCGGACCUUAUGUGAGAAUAACAAAUAUUCAUCCAUGGUAUGUAUUCAUUGGACUGAGCAGGAGAGCAGAACCAAACACGUGAACUCUUAGAUGGCUACUGAGUACUGGUUCUCCGAAGUCUUACUUAAGCGCAGUUGUUUGUCCUAUAUUUGUAUGGAUAAUAGAGGGUUUUGUAGAGGUAUAUAGAUAUGUGUUUGUAGGGUCAGAGUUUGUAAAAGACUCUCGUGAGUUUGGUCAAUCUUAGGAGGUCUUAAGUCGAUAGUCUGUGUGAAGGAGACUGUGAUACUGGUUUCUUAGUCUGCAGACGAUGGGUUUUCUUUCAAAAGUUCAGAUGAGUGAAAGACACCUUUAAGCCAUUAGAUAAGACCCAUAAGUUUUGUGUACAUAAUAAAUAUGAAAGUUGGAGGUGAAAAAGACCUAAUUUCACGGCAUCAUAUCCUUUUUCUUCUUCGAUCUCUAACAUUUUCGCCGUUAGGCUAAGGAUGAUGAUGACCAACAAGCCGCCGCCGAGUGAGUACUUUGUAGCUGAAGCAGCGGUGUGGUGGGACAUGGACAAGUGUCCGAUUCCCGAUGGUUAUGAUGCUUGGAAGGUCGGUCCGUGCAUAAAAUCGGAGUUGGAGAAGUUAGGCUACUCUGGUCCUCUCACCAUCUUUGGCUUGGGCGACCUAAAUCACAUGCCUGAGCAAGUCUUGCAAGCCUUAUUUUCCACUGGGAUCGUUCUUACACAAGUCCCAACCAGAAUAAGCAGCCCAUCCUUUUUGACUUUAAUGCUUAGUUGGCAAACCAAGCAUCCAGCUCCGGUUACAAUAAUGAUCAUAACCGAUUCCCGCAGUUUUGAUUUCUUCUAUAGUCCUAUUUACUGGCUACAAAAUGAUCGUAAAUGCAACGUUCUUCUGGCUUAUCCAGACGCUCUGAAAGAAGAUUAUUCCCUCAUCACUCAUAAACAGUGGUUCUGGAAAAGCUUGCUGAAAGUGCCAAUUGCAGCGAAACAGGUAGUUUUUCUUGCAGACUAUGCCGCUUUGAUUGCCAAAGCUUUGAAGAAGUCACCAAGCAUCUCAAGGAUGAAGCACAUGCACGGAAAGAGUUUGUGUCUCCAAUUCCCAUGGAUGAAUUGAUGAUGGUCGAAACCGGAGUUGAUUCUUCCCAUCCAAGGAGGAAGAAGUAGCCAAAGAGAAAGGAGAAGAAGAUGAUGGUUGAAGUCGGAGUGGAUUCUUCCCAUCCAAAGAGGAAGAAGCAGCCACAGAGAAAGGCGAAGAAGAUGAAGAUGCAUCUACCUCAAGACCAUGAAUGAAGUAUUAAGGCUCCUCGUCUUUAAGUUUUUUACUUAUUAUUGUACUUGUGUAUACUAAUAGUGAUUGAAAAAAGCAACACAAAAAAUAUACGUUCAAUAUAUGGGCUGGUUUUCGAGCCCACGGAAAACUGUAUGGGCCGAUUAUGGAGCCCAUUAAAAUAUAUUGGCCGGUUUUUAAGCCCAUUUAAAUAUAUAGGCCAGUUUUUGAGCCAAUUGAAAACUGAGUGGGCCGAUUUUUUUAGUC